GAAGCAGCUGGCUACACACUAGGCUUGAUCAUUUGGGACCGGCCGAUUCGGCUUCGUCGGUGCUUUGUUCGCACUUGGAUAGAUAUUUCGGUCAGGAUUGUCUGUUUCAUGAGGUACAUGAGAAUUAUCACGUAUUGAUACUUGGAAGCUUACCGAAAAAGAACAAUGUUCUUGAGAGUAUUGAUGUUGUCAACAUGUUUGGUAUUUGCAACGGCAGCCUCCAACAAGCCAAUGCAAGUGAUGGACCUCUUCGAAGUGUUUGGAAUUGGUAGCCGUUUGAUUGCUGGUAUCAGCCCGGUUGAAGACCCUCCAGAUUUUCAACUAGGAAAGGCAUAUUACUUUGGAGGUGAUGCUGUCAUGACCCUUCUGAGAGCCGACAGACUUGACCUAAAGAAGCUGGGGCAGGGACUGAGGCAUAGGGACGAUGUGUUCCUGAUGGCUAAUGUUCGCCUCGUACCUCUCUCUCAAAGUGUGCUGCUUGGUGUUUACUCCAAGACAGAGGCGCCAUUAGUAUAUUUUGAAAUUCUGUUGAACAGUGGUACUGGUUCUGAUGCAAUAAAGAUUACAUACAAAUCUCAAGAUGGGGAAUCUCUAAUGAUAACUUUUGAUGAUCUUGAACUGGUGGAUGGAGAAUGGCAUAAGAUAAUUAUCCAAUUCACUAAUCUACAGACUAGGCGCGAAAACAAGGUUAUUAUGUACCUAGACUGUGCCAAAGUAGGCGAGCAAAAGACUAGUGGAAGGAUAGGUAAAGUUCUUACAUUGGAUCGGAUCAACACUCUAGAACUUCGAUUGGCACAAAGUGGACCACACUCCGUGUCUAUGCCGUUCGAGGGUACAAUGCAGUUUCCUCGCUUUCUGUUUGGUGGUUCGAUCGCUGAUGCCAAAAACAUGAUCAAUUGUUAUCAGGCUCAGGGACUGCGGACACAAGAUGAAUUUUCUAACUUUGGUAUGACUGAAAUGCAAAGUAUGAUGCAGUCAAUGGCAUACACCAUGCAGGGCAUGAAGGCAAGCAUGGAUGAACAGACCAAAGAGAUGGAAGGUAUCAUGAAUACAUUAAAUGAAUGUGGUAUUUGUAAUGACCCUAUACUAAGAGAGGAAUCCCGAUUACCACCUGAGGUCAAUUGCGAUAUGCAGCCCUGUUUUCCUGGAGUAGGCUGCACGAUGACCCCUAGCGGGUACGCCUGUGCCCCGUGUCCACUAGGCUACGAUGGUAAUGGUACUAUUUGUACAGAUAUUGACGAGUGUGUGGAAGCAAUGCCAUGUUCUGAGGUAACAAAAUGUAUCAACUCAGCACCCGGCUUCCGUUGUACCGACUGUCCCCGGGGCUACAUCGGCACCGGCAGAGAAGGCAAUGGUAGGGAUGAAGCUCACGGGACCAAACAGAUUUGUAUUGAUAUCGACGAAUGCUCAAUUAACAAUGGAGACUGCACGGAAAACUCUAUAUGCGUCAACACUGAGGGUGGUUACUUCUGUGGAGAAUGUAAUCCUGGAUAUCAAGGAAACCAGACGGUGGGAUGCACCAAACGGCGCUUGUGUACAGAUGGAUUAACCGUCAGCCCAUGCCACAUGCAUGCUACCUGUUUUGUUUACUCAACAAAAGUAUACUGCGAGUGUGAGAUGGGCUGGGCUGGUAACGGUUAUGUCUGCGGUCCUGAUAUUGAUAUGGAUGGCUUCCCAGACGUUCGCUUAAAUUGCAGAGAUUUUGUUUGUAAAAAGGACAACUGUGUCGAACUACCGAACAGCGGACAAGAGGACACUGAUAAGGACGGCAUUGGCGAUAUUUGUGACGAUGAUAUCGACAACGAUGGCCUAAAAAAUACAAAGGACAACUGUAUUUAUGAACCGAACGUUGAUCAAGAGUCCAACAGAGAUGACGAUAAUGUAGGCAACGCUUGCGACAAUUGCCCUCAUACAAGUAAUCCAACACAGAAAGACUUCGACAAUGAUAAUAUUGGAGACGCCUGUGACAAUGACAUGGAUGGUGAUGGUAUACCAAACGAACGAGAUAAUUGCCCUUUGAAGUACAAUCCUCGCCAAUAUGAUAUGGAUGAAGAUGGAUUUGGUGAUGUGUGCGACAUAUGCCCCUAUACACCGAAUUCUGUCCAGGAAGACUUUGAUCUGGAUGGCUUGGGGGAUGAAUGUGAUACAAAUGAAGAUAGUGAUGACGAUGGUGUUCAAGAUAAUAUCGACAACUGUCCAGGAAUACCAAACAGUGUGCAAAUUGACACUGAUAGUGAUGGUUUGGGAGACGCGUGUGAUAGUGACGAUGACGAUGAUGGCAUCCGGGAUGUUUACGAUAACUGCAGACUGAUUCCAAACACCGAUCAAGCUGACGAGAACGGUAAUGGUGUCGGAGAUGCAUGCGAAAACGAUCUUGAUAAUGACGGUGUUGAGGAUUACUACGAUUCGUGCCCGGAGCGGAGGGAUGUUUAUGCGACUGAUUUUCGAACCUUCCAGACUAUUAUACUGGAUCCAAUUGGUGACGCGCAGUAUGAUCCCAACUGGAUUGUUUUUGAUGAGGGCCGUCAAAUUCUCCAGACCAUUAACAGUGAUCCUGGAUUAGCUGUAACUUACACGACGUUUAAUGGCGUCGACUUUGAGGGAACUUUCUACAUCAACACUGAUGUCGAUGACGAUUACGCUGGUUUUGUGUUCGGUUAUCAAAAUAGUAGUCGUUUCUAUGCUGUUAUGUGGAAGCAUGCCCAGCAAACUUAUUGGCGAGCCACACCGUUUAGAGCUGUGGCCGAACCAGGAAUACAACUAAAGGUGGUAAACUCCGUCUCGGGACCAGGUAGGAUGCUUAGGAACGCACUGUGGCACUCAGGUGAUACAGAUGACGAGGUAAAACUUUUGUGGCAUCAAGUCAGCUAUGGUUGGGAACACAAAACAGCCUACCGUUGGCAGUUAAUGCACCGGCCGUCAAUUGGCCUUAUUAGGGUGCGGCUAUACCAGGGUAGGAACUUGAUCGUCGACUCAGGCUACAUAAUAGAUCUAACAUUAAGGGGAGGUCGGUUAGGCCUCUUCUGCUUCUCUCAGGAACAAAUCAUAUGGGCUAGGCUAAAAUACACGUGUAAUAAUGCUAUACCAGCCGAUUAUCGAGGGUAAUGAAAUCAUAGUGACGUGAAUCAAUGUAUCCAGGAUUACUAAUGAAAACAACUAUCAUAGUGUGUGAAAAAAAAGAGGAAACUUAUCGCAUAUCCAAGUAGGACUAAACAGGUUAAAAGUAGAUACGAUGCAGCACCAAUAUCAACUAGGUCUAGUACCUGUCCAAAAUGCCAAGGCCUAAUAAUUAUCAUAGAAAGUAUAGAAUAUUGCUGGCAUAACACUUUGAAGAAUAUCUACAACAAUAUUACCAGAGCGUGCUAUUUCUAUGUAAUAAUAAUAAUAAUAAUUAUCUUUGAAUAAUAAUAAUACAGUAUUAUCUUUUAUCUUACUGUAUUCCAGAUUAGAGAAAACAUUGAUGAUAUUAAUAAUUAUAAUGUUUAUGUAUCUUAAUGUAAAGAAAUAUGUUCUAAUGGGAGUUGGUAUAGCAUUACUGGUAUACACGAUACCGUAAAACAUAGUUAUAAUAGGUUAAGCCCUUCGUGUGUAAAUUAUUGUAUUUAACUCAAUAUGGGUAGUUAUGAUAUUCAUGUAAAUAUUCAACUGUUUAGCUGUAUUUAUCAAUUGUUUUAAAUAUUUUAUUUGUAGACAAUAAGUUUAAUAUAAUAUGUCAACGAUACUGCUGAGGCGAAACAUGAAUAUUGCUUGAGAUAAACAGACAACUUUACACUCUGACACUGUCAGACAUCGUAAACGUACUCUUGCAAACUUAGGUCAUAAUGUCAUAUUAUGCGAGUCAUAUCUACGGCAUUUAACCAGUUAUUAUUUUUGCAUUUUUGAUUGGCCACCAAGCAUAGUGUAUUCUCCAUUUACAGACCAAAAGAAACUGCUGUUGGUUUACAUACUGUAAGAACUAAUAGGUGCUUCUCGAAUAAGUGUGUCGCUAAUACAAAUGCAGAUACAGAUACUGAUUUCUCUAUUGUCCAAAUGUCUGAAAAUUACAAUGCUCAUGUCUGAAAGUGACACGUAUUCGUGACUGGCCCAUCGUGUUGUAUAGGCCUACAUUGGUAAAUUUCAACGUUAGUAGGCCUAUGAUUAACUUCAUAAAACAUCGGUUGUAUAAUAGUUUUUCGAUGAUAUGAAACGUUCCCAGCAAACACAGUCGUUAUAAACGUCCGCGCAAACGUUGUCAGAAAAUGACGUUACCACAACGUCGACAGUUAUUUAUUGUGCAUUACGUUAUAAAUACGUAAAAUAUAAAAAUUAUCAUGACGUAAAAUUGUUUGCUGGGUAGUAAUGUACUCUCGAUUUAACGUUUAUUCAAAAUAUUAGGUCAAUCACGGCAUAUGACAUUAAAGAGCGCGAGAAUCUGAACUGAAUUCGUCUCGAGUCUCUUGUAUAAUGGCAUCCUGACUGACUUCGUGGUACGACAGACACCGUUAUACAUAUACAGUAUACAUAUAUUUUUUUCAUAUGUAUUUCAAAUUUCUUUCGUUAAAUUAAAUUGAUCGUGUAUAUGUUUACGUAUAUUGCCUGUGGCAUCAAUUGCUGUGGCCGAAUAAUUAAUUUAAAUAUGUAAAUAGUUUCUCCUCAUGGAUAUUUAAUUAGUAUAGUUUAGAAAACUGAAAUCAUGUUAGAAUUCUGUUUAUCAUUGUCUACUUACUAUAUUCAGUUAUUAGAACCUUAAAUCCAUUUUUGUAUUCUUUUAUUCUAUAAUGUGGAAUGGUUUUAAAGAUAUACUGCCAUGUUAAUCUAACAGACGUUUGUGUUUUAAUGAGUCAUCCAUUAGCUAUUACUUAGGCCUACCUAACAAUAAACGAAAACAAUUUUCUUGCCAAUCAAUAUUUUCUAUAGUACUUGCAUAAGUACUACCAUUGACUUAUUCCAGCAAAUGAAUUUAAGAAAAUUUCGUAAUAAAAUGUCGCGGCAGUGUAUCUUUAAUAAAUAUGUUGGGUCUAAAGGCCUACAAAUGAAAGAUGUAUAAUUAUGUCGAAUGAUAAUUAGGUUUAUUACGGAUUGUUGAUUAGUAAAAUGUAUUAGUUCAUAUAUUUAUGGCAGGCCCAUAGCCAGGGAAAUUUGACGGUUAGAACAAGUCCCCUUUUCAACAACCCACAAUCUGUUCUCCAUCAUAUACAGUUAGUAAUUACCUUAUAAUUACCCACCCUCAAAGUGAACAAAACCCUCUGGCUGAAGUGUACCUGUGGUCCCAACGAAGUGUUUGGAAAGCAAACCUCCCCGCCCUCGCCCCCACCGAAAUCUCUUUUUAAAUCCCUGUCUAUGGGCCUGUGUGGGAGGCAUAUUCAUUGUGAAAUUUCAUUAACAUAUGACUAUUUGAGAGAGAAUGGCAAAUGCAGUCGAGAUUAUUAAUUAUCAUGAAUCAAGUGAGAUGUUAAAUUUGAGAUUGAAUUCACUUUUGAUGUUGUCAGAUGGAAACGUGUGAAAGUGUAGAAUGGAUGUAUUGAAGAGGAGCUUGGUGACGUCAUCUAGACUGACUGCUCCUUAACUUUUGGUGUAUACAGGUCUCCUUCCAAUUAAAGACGACUUUUGGGAUCAGGGUUUACAUGGUCUUUAGCAGCUUUGGUCUCCAAUUAGAAUUUUAAAAAAAUAAUUGUUCACUUGGGACCACAGUAAAGUGGUCUUUAAUUGGAUGGAGACCUGAAUUUGAGUAAAGCAUCACUGUGGGAUUACAUAUUUGUCUCAUAAACUAUUAGUCGGGAAAUUUUAUAUUAGUUUUUUGACUUGCAGUAUCAACUAUUUUUGUCAAAAUUAUAACCAAAUAAAUAUUUAUAAAGUUUGUUUUAUUUUUGAGUUUUAUCUUUUGCACAUUUCAUGUAUCGACACGUACACAACAAUACAAAAAAAUUGUAUUUGCAUUUUUAAAUUUUCAAAUUGAUCAAUGUUUAUUUUUUUUUUCUUGAAAACAUUCGGAACGUUUCAGUUGGUCGGAUGACAUCAAUGGAACCGCCACAAUUUCCAUUCUUAUUAUAAUUCAGUUCACUAAAAUAUCUAUGAUACAUACUAUUUGCAUAAAAUGGUUCAUCUGUUUACUAAUGCUUAUGACACAAUUUCAUAACAAGCUUUAGAAAAUUCUAGGGAUAAAAAUAUUGUUUCUUAUAAAACACUGAAAUUUGUACAAAAAAUGAGCAGCGGAUUCAAACUGGGUUUUCCUAUAUAUCAGUGUAUACCUUUACAUUCUAAACAUUAUAUUACAAUAAGAGUUGAAAUGAAAUAGUCACUUUUUAAUCUAGAAGACUUAAGGGUGUAU